CUGAAGUUGAGGCGGAGGUGUGUGUGUGAUGCGUGCCUGUGCGGCAACCCACAUGCUUCGUCUCGUUGCGAAUAGGCUUUUGUCUAUUUAAUUAUAGUGGUGUUGUCAUUGGUUUUCAUAAUGUCUACUCUUACAUUAUCUUUGUUUCUGGAAUCAUGAGAAGUCUCUGCUAAUCUGCCAGUGCCAGCCGUUCCAGGAUGCGCGGCGUGUGUGCGCGUCGCCGCUGGCGGCUGGUGAGCGGCGUGACGGCAGCCAUGUCGAUGUUGUUGUUGCUGCUGCAGCUCGUCCGGUCACCUUCCUUGUAUCUCAGACAUCCUGACGUGCUCAUCCCCCUCAAGUCCCGACACAGCAAUCAAGAGGAGUACAUCGACCGUCACGGUAUCCACGUUGUGGUUGGCCACUACCUUGGAGAUGACAAACCGGGAGCGCCCGGACCCAACCUAACAGAGGAGCUGCUGAACACGAACGGGUUCUCGCCUCACCCGAAAGCUGGUGCCAUGGGCGCUCCCGUGCAACUGGGCAGUUGGGAGGGCGCGCGCAUGCAGCUCCUCUACCACAUCAACAAGUUCAACCUCCUCGCCUCGGACAGAAUUCCUCUUAACCGCACUCUGCCUGAUGUCAGGAAGAAACAAUGCCAGCAACUAGACUUCAAGGUAUCGACGUUGCCGACAUCGUCAGUCAUCAUCGUGUUCCACAACGAGGCUUGGUCGACGCUGCUGCGCACCGUACACUCCGUUAUCAACCGUUCGCCUCGGGAGCUGCUCGCUGAAAUUAUACUUGUUGACGACAGUUCACAGCGCGAGUUUCUCAAGCGUCCCUUGGAAGAGCACGUGGCGUCGUUGCCAGUGCCUGUGCGCAUCAUUCGCUCGGUCACACGGACAGGUCUGGUCCGCGCCCGCCUCCUGGGGGCACAGCAGGCUAGAGGGCAGGUGCUUACGUUCCUCGACGCCCACUGCGAAGUCACCACCGGCUGGCUGGAGCCGCUACUGUCGCCCAUUGCUGAGGACAAGACGCGUGUGGUGUGCCCCAUCAUUGACAUAAUACACGAGGACACGUUCCAGUACGUGCGCUCCUUCGAGCUACACUGGGGAGCUUUCAACUGGAAUCUUCAUUUUAGAUGGUUUACGCUUGGCAGCCAGCAGGUGGAUGUGCGGAGGUCAAACAUCACUCAAGCGUACAAGACUCCUGCGAUGGCUGGCGGACUGUUCAGUAUUGACAGGAAUUAUUUCUACAGUCUUGGCAGCUACGAUAAUUCCAUGGACAUCUGGGGCGGCGAAAAUUUAGAGAUGUCGUUCCGGGUUUGGAUGUGUGGAGGCAGCAUCGAGAUCGCGCCGUGCAGUCACGUAGGGCACGUGUUCAGGAAAAGCUCACCCUACACGUUCCCUGGCGAGGGUGGCGUGGGUGGCGUCCUGUACCGUAACUUGGCUCGUGUCGCUCUGGUCUGGCUCGACGACUGGAGUAACUUCUACUUCAGGAUGAACGCUGAUGCCAACAAGGAACGGAAGAGUGUGUCCGUGGCGGAUAGACGACAGUUGCGCGACAGGCUGAACUGUAAGAGCUUCCAAUGGUACCUCGAGAAUGUUUGGCCGCAACAUUUCUUCCCGAUGCCUGAUAGCUUCUUUGGCAAGAUACGUCACGAAAAGCAGGCGAAGUGCAUACAGCAGCCCAUCACGGGGAGUAGUAGUCAACCCACAGGCCCUGCCAUCCUCCAGGACUGUGUUAUAGAGUUUUAUCAGCCUCAAAGUUUCGUGUUCAAUAAGAAAGGAUUCAUCAUGACGGACGAAAGUGUCUGUCUGGAUGUACCUGAGUCUCGGACCGUUCCUAACCCGCAGGUACGGCUCAUGGCGUGCAAUGAGUAUGACCGCCAGAAGUGGACUUACGACGAAGAUACUCGACACAUCGUGCACGUUCUUUCAGGCAAGUGUUUGGAUAUCGCGGGCGUGGCGCAUCCUACGGCCCUGACGCUUAACCCAUGCGAAGAUAUCCCUUCGCAGCGCUGGACUUUCAAGCAUGAUGACUGGACCAAACCUCUGGACCCGUGACCUGCUCUGUCAGCUUGAAGAACUGACGAGUAAAAGAUUCUCGCGAUUAUAAAUAGGGGGAGGUAUUUGAAAAAUUGUGUCAUGCAGGUGUUCUAAAUUCUUGAAGAGACAAUUUGGGGAUUUCUAAUCGUAAGAGUAGUAUUCCAUUUAUUUUGGAAUCCUUCAGUCAGCAGAGUAUUAACUCGAUCGCCUCGUGCGAUAUAGAUUUAUAUUUUUUUAUGUAUUUACAUCCCAGGUGUAAUUGAUAGAAAGCUAUGUCCAUGCCUUGGUACUGAUAAAGUUAGCCAAGAUAAUUCAAAGGACUUUCUACUGCACUAAAGUGUGCAGGCAAAUUGAGAAUUUGUUUUAAAUAUUUUCACCUCGCACAACUAAAACAUCGUUCAAUUAUUGAGACCAUUUGAGCAGGCAUCAUAAAAUUCAACUUAGUUAGGUGGCGUGAUAGCAAAUAGUCUCUUAGUCUUAAGGUUAGGUAAACCUUCAGAAUUACACGGUAAUGGAUAUGCAAUACAGAAGCGUGAAGCUAAUGUUCCUGGGCAACAAACCGACUACUUCAAAAGACUCAAUUUAGAAGGCCUAUAUUGUAGAUUCAUAUCUUACAUCACCUCGUGGAUGACUUGUAAUUAUUGCAAGGAUAGCAUGCGAAUAAAAAUAGUUACACAUCAGUUUCCACAUAUUUCAACGUGAAUAAGAUGUUGAAGUUAUUAUUUAUUUUAAGUUACCAUUUAUACUAUUUACAAACAUGGAACUGCAACGAAAUAACGAUCGUGAUUGAAAUAUUCUUUCUAUGCUGGCAGUUUUGCUUUUGGUAAGACCAAUAUUGCGCAGCUUCAAGCCCAUUGUAUUCGCUUGACAAAAUUCUAUGCCAAAGAAAUUCAAGCAAGAAAUUUAGGUUAACAUGUAAUCAAUAUUUAAUUUACUUUCCUUACUAUUCACAAGCAUUGUUAUCAGUUCUUAAUAAAUGUGCAUUACUGUGGA